GCCUAAAAUAGUCCGGGGUUCGCUUCUCCCCUCGCAUACCAACCUUUCUUAUUAUACCUCCGUGAUACAACAGAGGUAGAGGCAGAGGGGGUGGUUAGAAAACUGCAUGUCCCAGAGAUCGCGGCGGCAACCGAACAUGAAUCUAGGCAAGGGGAACAUGGCAGCGCCGUCAAGCCAGUCAUGUACAGCUCUGGAGCGGUCAAUCCGGGAGCGGGUCCCGACGCUUCUCACGGACCUCUACCAGUUCACCAUGGCAUAUGCCUACUGGCGUUCGGGCAGGCACAACGAGCCCGCCGUUUUCGAACUGUUCUUCCGCGACAACCCGUUCGGCGGCAGCUUCUCGCUCUUCUCCGGAAUGCACGACUGCCUCCUGUUUCUGCGGAGCUUUCGAUUCACUGACGAAGAUGUGGAGUACCUGCGUUCCGUCCUGCCCCCAGCCACUGACCCCGCCUUCUUCUUGUUUCUACGGGAACUGGACUGUUCCGGUGUCACACUCCACUCUGUCCCCGAGGGAAUGGUGGUCUUUGCCAGGGUGCCUCUGAUGGAGGUGUCUGGUCCUCUGGCUGUGGUUCAACUACUGGAGACCAGCCUGUUGUGUCUGGUCAACUACGCCAGUCUGGUAUGCAGUAACGCGGCCCGGUUCCGUCUGGCUGCUGGUUCCAGGAGGAAGCUGUUAGAGAUGGGCCUGAGGAGAGCACAGGGGCCUGACGGGGGCCUCACAGCCUCAAGAUACACAUACGUCGGAGGGUUUGAUAUGACCAGUAACGUACAGGCUGGCUUCCUGUUUGGAAUCCCCGUGGCGGGAACCAUGGCACACUCUUAUGUCACUUCCUUUUCCUCCCUGGAGGAGGUGUGGCCUCAGACGCUAGUGGCAGCAAACGGGGAUCAUGACAACAUCGAUCUGAUCUCGCUGACCAAGGGUUGGCUGGGGCGUGUGUGUGAGCUGCUGGGGGUGGAAUCUGGGAAGAUCCAUGAGGGCGAGCUGGCCGCCUUCUUGUCCUAUGCCAUCGCAUACCCACACAACUUCCUGCCGGUCAUCGACAGCUACAGUGUCACCUAUAGUGGCCUGCUCAACUUCUGUGCCGUGGCCCUGUCUCUGUUUGAGCUGGACUACAGUCCACUGGGCGUGCGUCUAGACAGUGGAGACCUCUGCAGGCAGUCAGUAGAAGUACGCCAUGUCUUCAGACUCUGCAGCGAACAAUUCUCCAUCCCUGCAUUCCAGUCCCUUCUCAUAGUAGGCACCAAUAACAUCUCAGAGUACAGCAUGGCCGAACUCAACAAGAAGGAGAAUGAGAUUGAUGUGGUUGGUGUUGGAACACAUCUGGUCACCUGCACGAGACAGCCUUCACUCGGGUGUGUGUACAAGUUGGUGGAGGUUCGGGGCAGUCCCAGGAUGAAGUUCAGUGAGGACCCAGAGAAGAGUACUGUUCCUGGGAGGAAGGCUGUCUAUAGGAUGCUGGAUACAGAGGGCCACCCAUUCUUGGAUCUGUUGUGUCUGUGUGAGGAGCCUGCACCUAAGGCGUGUGUGGCAGUGAGGUGUCAUCCUGUGGUUGGUAACAAGACCUGUCAGUCAAUCACACCUUCUCAGGUCAGCUGUCUACGCCUGGAGGUCUACACUAAAGGACAGAUCACACACCCACUGUGCAGCACAGCUGAGACCAGGGAGAAGGUUCAGAGCUCCAUCCAGACCCUGCACCCCCGACACAAGAGACUGCAGGAGCCAGAUUCUUACAUAGUGAGUUUUAAGGUGGCAGUGUCUGAGAAACUCCAUAACUUAAUCGCUGAGAUCAGAAAAGGCAGCAGCAACAACAGCAAUUUUCUAUUGGCCAACUGAGACAUACAGGCUUCAGUCCCAAAUAGCACCCUAUUCCUUAUUUAGUGCACUUCUUGUAAUGCACUAUGUAUGUCAAAAGUAGCACACUUAAUAGGGAAUAGGGUGUCAUUUGGGAUGAGACCACGUACAGAGGGAGGGAGGAAUCCUAAUACUCUUUUAAAGCUUCAUCCUAAUUGUCUGGUCUCAAUAGACCAAUCAGGUCACACCAUCUACCUAUCCACUACUAGUACAGCCUGUGUGUCGGUCUGCUUGUGCUAUCAUGCCAACUCCUUGUUUCACAAUGACAGAAAUGCAGUUUUUUGUCUUGAAAAAUGAUCUGGCCAUAAUGGCCACGUGUACUCUUAAAUCUCCACCUGGUACAGCCAGAAGAGGACUGACCACCCCUCUAGGCCUGCUUCCUCUCUAGGUUUCCAUGAACAACUUUGUGACAACCUCUGAGGUAAAAGGGGCUUCAUAAAAUACAUUUGAUUGAGUUAACAGAAGCUUAAACAGAUCUGGGAGCAGACUGCUAGUAGGAUUUUCAUAACAUCCACUAACCAUCCUAUCUUGUGUUCAGUGGGAGAAAACGUUUGGAAAUGGAGGAGGUGCUACCUGAACAUACCCAAUAUACAGUACACACCCAUUUAAAAAAAAGUUUAUUGUCCAGUUUGCUCCUACUGAACAUGACCUUUCUAGUGGUAUAGGGUUUAGGACCUAGGGAAGAUUGUGUUACUCUCAGAUAAUAUAAAUUAUAUACUGACACAGACUGACACACGGACUGAUAGACUGCGACACAUGGACUGAUGGACUGACACAAAGACUGAUAGACUGACACAUGGACUAUGUCAAACCUCAACCAAAAGCAUAUCAUUUUGGCAUAAUGCUGGCAUUUUGGAAUACAGUUGACUGACAGCUAUGAGUCGUGGUGUAGUUUAGUUUUAGUUUGGUACAAGAGCUUGACAUGCCUUCCUGAAAACCCAGUGAUCUGCACAAACAAGCAAUGUCUGUUAAUAUAGCAGUGUUGGAAUUGGCCUUAACCUGGUUCUACAAUGAGAUAAAUGAACAUUGAGAAUGGUUGCAUAAAUGUCCCUACUAUGAGCAAUAUUAAUUGAUAAGCCAUUUUUUUAAGUUUAGAAAGAUUGAAUGUCUCUCUUUGUAUGUCUCAGCCUGGUCUUGCUGAUUUAGUUUUGGUUAUUUUCUUUGGAUUACGUUUCCUGAACCAGGCUAUCAUUUACUGUUCGUUUUUUUAGCAUGGACAUUUUGUAUGAACCAAGCCUUCAAUAUCAUGAUCAAUCUGUACCUGCCUUAACACAUUUGUCAAUAUCAUGGCCAAUCUGUACCAGGGCGGUCAAUAUAUAUAUAUAUAUAUAUAUUGUGAGCGGACCAAGUCAUUUGGUGUCACUCUAAAGUGGAAAGGUGGAAUAAACGAGUCCAGAGUAGGUUUUCUUGAUUCAACACGGUUCUCUAUUGAGGGAUUUCUGACAAUACAAACACUCCAACACAGUCAAUGAGAAUCUCCAAAGGAACAACAUACAUCUUCUUUAGAUGACACAGGAUCACAUUACGAUUAUCUUCAAACUAUAACAACAAUCACAUAUUCAUAACCGUCUUAAUGGCUCUUCAUGGAUAGCACCUCUCUCUCUCCGUAGCCAUUCUCCAAAGAUAGUUUAUCUUCCUCCCCUCUUGCUGGUUCCAUCCUCCCUCUUGUAGGGGAAAGAGAAUAUCUCAUUAGUACCGUCAGCUGUGCUUAAUUGACUCUGGUUACCUUGUCUCACAUGCCUUGUUGGGCUACUAUCCGUGAGCCCAGCCUGCCCUCUGGUGGUCCUUCCACAAUAUAUAUAUAUAUAUUUCAACACUAUGGGAUUGGAAUAAUAUUGUGAAAAUGAUGAUAAUGCUGUUUUAUUGUAAGAGCUGUCUGAAAUGUCAGCCUGUUUUAGUGGAAGAGCUGUCUGUAAAUGUCAGCCUGUUUUAGUGGAAGAGCUGUCUAGAAAUGUCAGCCUGUUUUAGUGGAAAAGCUGUCUGAAAUGUCAGCCUGUUUUAGUGUAAGAGCUGUCUGAAAUGUCAGCCUGUUUUAGCGGAAGAGCUGUCUGUAAAUGUCAGCCUGUUUUAGUGGAAGAGCUGUCUGAAAUGUCAGCCUGUUUUAGUGGAAGAGCUGUCUGUAAAUGUCAGCCUGUUUUAGUGGAAGAGCUGUCAGAAAUAUCAGCCUGUUUUAGUGGAAGAGCUGUCUGUAAAUGUCAGCCUGUUUUAGUGGGAUGGAGUUUUGGCCUGCCUAGUGACAUCACCAGGCAGUAUAAGUUAAUAGACCAAUAACAAAGAGCGUUUCAAACCUCUCUGCCAAUAACAGCUAGUCUUCAGGUUACAUAUCCCACCCAUUAGGCUCGUCCAAUUAGGCCCUCUAGAUAGACCACUCCCAGACUGUCCUAGCUAAAUUCUAGCUUUAACACAUAGCCAUAAAAACAUACAGUAUUGAGAAUCCAGGUACAAUUUGAACCCUACGUCCUUUUCAGAUCCGUUAAAAUUGUACACUAAUUGUGUUUCUAGAAUGACAAGACUAGUAACACUGAUGUUGUACCGUCCAACCAGGCUGCUAUCUAAUUAACUAUUUUCAAAUACACACACUAGCCUAAACAGUUCAGGCAAUCUGGACAAUGUUGUUCAAACAUUGCCAUGGUGUUUGGCUGCCAAUAUUAUGUCCUCUAAUAUAAACUGAUUAGGUGUGUUGUUUUAAGUAGAAGUAUUAGUCUACUAAAUAUAGUUACACGUAUGUGAUAUCUGUGCAAAAUGUGAAUGUCUGUUUGUAUGACAACAUUGUAAUGCUAAGAUGUGUUGUUUUCAAUGGGUGUUUUAUUAAAUAAAAUCUGACAAUGUA